UUCAGCUGCUUGUAGCGACAUUACAGGAGGGGGCUAUAGAGGUCUGGUGAAGCAUUUUGUAUAGAGAGAAGGUGAAAUGUUUGUCACAGUGCAGUUUGGAGACUGUGUGGACCUGAUGGACAGGACAGGGGAGCUAGUGAACCUGAGUGACAAGGAGGAGAGCAUGGAGCAGGCCAGCAGUCUGAUGAAGAAGAGGCACAGCUACAUUCUCAUACGCAUCUGCAGAGUUGACGGGACUGAAGGGCAGAAGUAUGUGCCACUCCUAAAUGACCUGGGCAAGAGCCAUCCUGAGUUAGCAGAGGUCUUGAAGAAGCUGUCCAACCCCUGUAAGGAGCGGGACAGAAAGAGUGGUCCGUCAAGGAAAGGCUCUGUUAACAAGACCUGGAGCAAGGCCACCGCUGGAAACAAGAAGAGCCAUUCUGGAAAACUUUGACUAUGAUGAGAGGAGAUGAGGAAAGGUGAACAUG